ACUAAGGGCGCUGUAGUGAAUGUGCGCACGCGCGGUGGGGGCAAUGGCCAUCAACAUCUCCUCUGCCGAGUUCAAAUGUUUGUCCAUUUAUGUUACAACGCUCCGGUUUGUCCGCGAAUAGCUUUCAUUUUGGAUGUACUGUGUUUAUUUUUUGUACGUAUGCAAGUGACGGUGCCUGCCAUGAAGCUAACACGCAAGCAGGUUCUCACCGAAGCCAAGGCCCCCGACUUGGAAAGCGUGAGGAAAUUGAACUGCUGGGGAUGUAAACUGACCGAUAUUUCUAUUCUAUCUCAAAUGCCAAAUAUUGAAGUGCUCACACUAAGCGUCAACAGCAUCUCGUCGCUGUCUCCUCUGGCCGGAUGCUUGUCUCUUUGUGAGCUCUACCUGAGAAGCAACACGAUCCCCUCGCUCUCAGAACUCCAUUACUUGCGUUCCAUGACACGUCUCCGGGUCUUGUGGCUGGCCGACAACCCGUGCUGCGGCACCGACUCCAGCCGGUAUCGCCUGACCGUCCUGCGCUUCCUGCCCGGGCUGCAGAAGCUGGACAACCAAGUGGUGACGGAGGAAGAGACCGCCUUGGCGCACUUGGUCGGCGAGGAGAUCAGCUCGCCGCUAAAGACGACCCAGAAGCCAGUCUCUACCAACGGGCUUCCUGAUGCAGACAAAGACAAGCACUCUCUCAGUACCAACUUUUUGCUCAGUGAUAUCAGACAAGAGUUGGGGAUGAAGCAGCCCUGCAGAGACAAGUUCCCCUCUCUCAAUUCUCAGUCAAGCAGAUCAUCUAUGAAGAAGACUCACACUCUGGACGCGGUGCUGCUUCUGCUGAGGGACUUGGACCCCGACGAGCUGCGCGUCGUCCACACGGAGACGCAGAACCGACUCAGGACUUGCACGCUGGACUCCCCGGAAACACUGCCAGACUCGCCACCUCAGAAAUCUGCUGACAUUUUACAAUGAAACCUAGUUCUGGCCCUUUGUCCUCCUAUCCACACAGCCACCUACACUUCAAAUAUGCUCAGAUGUCUACCAACCAAAUGAUGGCUUUCAUUUUUUGAAUGUUGAAUGCCUGCCUUUGGAAGAACUGAACAAUGUAUAUUUAACUUGGUCUAUUUCUGUAAUUAAAGAGCUGAGUUUGCAAUAUGUUAACAACUUGUGUUCUGUUUCCAUCUGUCCACAACACGCAUGCCGGAACUUUCACUUUAUAUCAUUUUAAUUGU